AUGUCGUCUACAAAGGAUCAUUUGUAUUACCUCCAUCAAGCGCUUGAGUUGGCUCGCGAGAGUCCGCCGAGAUCCACCAAUUUCAGAGUCGGCGCAAUCAUCAUUUCUAAUCCUCUGUCGGAAGGGUCGAGCCCUACAAUCCUGGCUACAGGCUACACACUUGAGCUUCCAGGUAACACCCAUGCUGAACAAUGUGCUAUUGCUAAAUUGGCGAUCGAACAUGGGAUUUCCGAGACUCAACUACACACGAUCCUUCCUCAUGAAAUGAAUGCUACGCUCUACAGCACCCUUGAGCCUUGCGGCAGGCGACUUAGCGGGAAUCUGUCAUGUGUUCAUCGAAUAAUUGCCACACGUAAUAAGACUCCUGGAAUGUCUGGGCCGAAGGAUACUAGUAGUGAAGGCGGCAUUCGCAAAGUGAUUUUUGGUGCUAAGGAGCCAAGCACCUUCGUCGGGGAGAAUGAAAGCUGCCGUAUGAUGGACGAAGCAGGCAUCGAGUGGGAAUAUGUGGAAGGCUUGCAAGACAAGAUUCUGCAGGUCGCGAAGGAAGGUCAUACUGCUGUCCAUACCAGCGGAACGAAUGUGGAUGACAUGGAUGAUGCGGAAAGGCGAAGACAGGAGCAAAUCCCAAGAAACAGCAAGAAGCGAAUGAUGGAGGUGCCCCCACCGUGA